AUGCUGUCCAACAUAUUCGGAAGCGUGUGUUCCAUAGACCUAAAUAUAGACAUUGAUGAUAGCAGAAAAUUAACCUUUCUAAGGAAGGAUAAAAAGGGAGACAAAUGUCCAAUUUUUUCCGAUGGUGAAGAUAUUAAUGGAAUUGCAACCAUAAGUUUAAAGCCCGGAAAAAAGUUUGAACAUUAUGGAAUUAAAUUAGAAUUAAUAGGUCAAAUAAAUAUUUUAAAUGAUAAAUCCAAUUCUUAUGAUUUUUUUUCUAUAUCGAAGGAUUUAGAGCCUCCAGGAUUUUUGAUUGAAAGCAAGCAAUUUAAAUGGAAAUUUUCAUCAGUUGAUAAACAACAUGAAUCAUAUUUUGGAACUAAUGUACAGUUAAGGUAUUUUGUUAGACUGAAUAUUAUAAAAGGCUAUUCCGGAAACAUACAAAAGGAAAUAGAUUUUAUUGUUCAGAAUUUAUGUAUACCUCCAGAAAUUAAUAAUACUAUAAAAAUGGAAGUUGGAAUAGAAGACUGUUUACAUAUAGAAUUUGAGUAUGACAAAUCUAAGUAUCAUUUAAAAGAUGUAGUAGUAGGUAAGGUUUACUUUUUAUUAGCAAGGAUAAAAAUAAAACAUAUGGAAUUAGAUAUUAUUCAGAUUGAAACAUCAGGGAUAGGUAAAAGUUAUACUACUGAAACAGCAACUCUAUCAAAAUUCGAAAUUAUGGAUGGUUCACCAACAAAAUCUGAAUGCAUACCCGUUCGGUUGUAUUUAAGUGGUUUUGAUUUAACACCUACAUAUAAAAACAUUCAAAAUAAAUUCUCUGUCAAGUAUUAUAUUAAUCUUAUAAUAGUUGAUGAGGAAGAAAGAAGAUAUUUCAAGAAGCAGGAAAUUUUCCUAUGGAGAAAAAAACUUGGAUAG